AUGCGUGCGUCGCAGCUGGCAUCGCGCCGCGAAGCCGCGUCGUCUUGGUUUGCAUCGACGAUCACGCAGGAAAAGAGUCGCGGGCACAAUAUAAGUGAGGAGGCUAUCGGAGAGAUACUGCGCGAAGAAUAUGCGAGGGCGCGAAAUGCGUACGAGGCAAGUUAUACCGAGACGGUGGGGGAAGUCGACGUAGACGAGAUGCUUCGCGUCGAGGAAGAGAUUCAUAACGAGGGAGGUGCCGCUCCGCGUAGGGACCGCGAAGAAUGGGGGAUGGAAGUAGAGCAAUAA